AUGACUUCAUCUUUAUCUAGCUUUUUAAACAGUUUAAUUUUAGGUGCACUAAUAGUUGUCGUACCCAUUACUCUAGCAUUAUUACUCGUAAGUCAAAAAGAUAAAACAUUAAGAAACUAA